UGUUCGUCUAUAGCCACGCGAAACAUGACCCAUAACCACCAGCGAGAAGAUACUCUCGAACGACGCUCUUGCAAGAAAAUCAAGAUGAGAGCACUUUCUGAGAAGAACUUUUGACUCGGCAGAGCAUUCAUGGAGAAUGAUUGAUCUUUUGUCUCUUGAAUUAUUUUUCUUAAAAGAAAAAGAAAAAUAAAAUGAAAAGAAGCUAAGAAAAGUACUCUUACCAAUGGGUUUAACUUUUUCCCUGAUAGAAAAAAAGAAAGACAGACCGAGGUGUGCGUUUGACUGUCACUGUGUGUAUAUAUACGUUACAGUAUUGGGUUUUGUGGAACAAGCAACGAGACAGUCCUUUCAUGGCGUCGAGUUCGUACGGUGAUGAUUUGGUGGUUCUCAAUUGUAUCGGCCCUCACAAGAUGGAACUAGAGGCCAAUCGCAAAGAAACUGUAAUUUCAACGGCAGAGAUCUCUAGUUGGGAUUUGCCUGGAAUUCUGAGUCACCAAAUCGUCAAUGUUAAAGCCAAUCGAAAUAGGCUCAUCGAACAAUCUUCGUAUUUCGGUGGCCUCCUCGGUGGUAGUUUUAGUGAAUCAUGCUUGGACUGUAUAUCAAUUCAUUGGAAUCUAGAAACGUUAAUGAUUGUUCUGAAGUUUAUGUUUGGCCAUCAGGUGGAUGUUACUUCUAAUAAUUUUCUUCCCCUGUAUGAGGGUGCACUAUAUUUUGGAGUGGAGACACUUCUCUCAAAGUGUAAAGUUUGGUUAUCUGAUGUAACUUCAUCCAAGGAGCUUUGUUCACCGCAAGUAAAGUUGGAUGAUUUGAUUCAUAUUUGGAAUUUCAGUCUAGAGCAUGCAAAUGAUUUUAUUCCAGAACUAUGUACGAGCUAUCUUGCAAGAAAAUUUCAGAUGUGGGCCAUGUUCUCUAACUCUUUCGGUGAUGUUCCAUACAAUUUAUUACUUUCUUGUAUAAAGCAUCCCCAGUUGAUUGUAGACAGCGAGAAGCAUCUUUCUGAGGCCCUUCUGGUAUGGCUUGCUUGUAACACGAAACAAAUUGAAAGCUUGAACAGCACUAAUGGUGGAUGCACCAACAUUUUGAAAGAGAUCCGAAUUAGCCUUUUGCCAUUGUGGUAUGCUGCUGGGAAAAAAAGGUGCUGCUUUUUUUCUAAGUUUGCUAAUGAAAGCAUUAAUGCCAUCCUCAGUCUAAUGGGACAUCCUUCUACAAGCUCUUUGGAUGUCUUUGGAGAUGGUGACUUGAGUUGCAUGAGGAUCAGAUUGACCUCAGAUACAAAGAAAGUGGACCUUUCCGGUUGUCCACAGAUAAAACCAGCUGUUCUGCUUCUGUCUAUGCUUCCGUGUUCAUAUAGUAUGGAUCCUAAGUUAAGAAAGAAUAUCAAACAGUCUCCGACUAACCUUGAACGCCUUAAUGGGAAUCAAUGUCAGAUUUCGUGGGGAUUAUGGCCUACUUUGUCUUUUGAAGCAGUUCAGGAGGUAGAUAUUUCCAAUUGUCCAAUGCUACAUCUUGAAGCUGCCAUUGAGUGCUUCUGUAAAUCAUUUCCAUCAUUGAGAAUAUUGAAGGCAACUUAUUUUUUGAGCUUCAAGACAGCAAAAUUGCGUCAAUUGAUGCAGAGAUGCCCAUUGCUCUACGACAUCGACUUAACAGUGGAUAUCAGUCCUAUUAUACCAACUCAAGUGUCAAUUGUAUCUUCUUUUCCAUCUACAACACCGAAUGUAUCAAUAGUUUCUUCUGGUAUCAUUGGUUAUCCUUCAGAUGCCACAUUGUCCUAUAUGUCCAGACCAUUGCUGUCAAAUGUUACAAAACUUACAUUAGAGGGCCGAAUUGAUGUUGGUGAUGCUGAUCUAAAAAAUAUCUCAGAAUCCUGUGUAUCCUUAUGUUACCUCAAUCUUAAAGGGUGCACUUCGGUGACUGAUGCUGGCAUAUCAGUUCUUAUACUCAGAUGUUUGGAGCUACAUUCAAUUGUGGUUUCUGAUACUUCUUUUGGACAGAACUCAAUUCUGGCUCUUUGCUCCACUAUUACUAAUUCUGCUGCACAAAUUGAAAAGAAACGUUCCCAAACAUUGGCUUAUAAACUUCAAACACUGCAUAUGGGGGGCUGCAAUGUUUUUUCGGCAGGCGCCAAUGGAACAUCUCUUAUAAAGCUGAUGUCUCAAAUGUGCAUGCUGAAGAGUCUGUGUCUCAGGGAGACUGAACUUGUUGAUAAUGCCCUUUAUAGUUUCUGUGGUUCUUCCUUAGAGAUGCUUGAUGUUUCUGAUACAAAGGUUUCUGGCGCUGCUUUAGCUCACAUCGUUCACAGAAAUCCUGGUUUGAAAAUUUGGAAAGCAAGUGGAUGUCAAAAUCUGUUUCAACAGGGAAGUAAGAAUGAAGGGGAAGACUUUCCUUCUUCCCCAUAUUCAUGCAUGGAAUUGUCUUUUGAGCUAGGUAAGACCUGCAAACUGGAAGAAAUUGUGCUUGGAUGGGGAUUUUCAUGCUUAUCCAUGGAAGCUCUAAGACCUGCAAUCACAACGCUGAGGGCGAUAACUGUGGGUUUAGGUGCAUCAUUAGGCCAAGAUGCGCUGGAACUGCUGCCUAAAACUUGUCCUUUACUUGAGUCGGUGAUACUUUAUUUUCAGCAGGUAAUAUCUGAUUGUAUCGUAAUAAACAUUAUGGAAAACUUGAGGUACUUGCAAGUGUUGGCUCUCUGCUACUGUCUUGGUGAGAUGUCCUCAUUAAGCUUCAAGUGCAAUAUGCCAAAUUUGAGGAAAUUGAGACUUCAAAGGGUAACACCUUGGAUGACUAAUGAUGAUUUGUCUAUUUUGACUCAAAACUGUGGAAAGUUGAUUGAGCUUUCAUUGCUAGGAUGCAGACUUCUCAAUUCAGAUUCGCAGCAGAUCAUUUCAAAUGGUUGGCCAGGCUUGAUUUCCAUCCAUCUAGAGGAAUGUGGCGAACUAACUACAAACGGUGUCAUGUCUCUUUUUGACUGUAAAGCCCUUGAAGAUCUCUUGUUGCGUCAUAAUGGCCCUGGAAUCCAAAAAAAUUUCAUUGUUGCUGCUGCUUCAAAGUUGCCAAUGCUUCGGAAAGUAUCACUUGACUUGUGUGAUGCGAGUGAUGGUGACUUUGACAUUCCAGAUUUUGCUGACAGGUACUUCAUGAGUACUGUGAAAAUAGCAAGAUGUAAGCUACAAAGAUGCACGUUGGACCUCCAAAAGUUGAAGGCUCGAAAAACACCGGUGCAUAAGGAGACCUUAGUACUGGUAUGGGACAGCAAAAACCUCACUAGAACAGUGGUGAAGGAAAGAUUGUAGCAUUUAAAAGUAAGAUUGGAGUCUUCAUUAGGUAAAUUUCAAUUAUGUUAUGUUCAUUCGUUGUUUUAACUAGUGGCCGAUUCUGCUUGUUAACUUAAAAACUUAAAUGGCCCGAGAUAUGGAUGUAUCAAAACAUCAAUGUUGGACUAUAUUAUCUAUCGACCUUGAGCCUGUUUGAGGUCAUGCAUUGCCAAUUCAGGUCGUCCAAUUUUUUGGGAAGUUUUUUAUUUAUGGUGAAAAGAAUGGUUGCUUUGAUAUUGAAGGCA